AUGGUAAGGCCUAUUAACAAAGUGAUGAUUGAUUUUAUUAAUACAUCAUGUUUGUGUGAGAUUUGCAGGAGUAGUAACCAGUUUUCUGGCUUGGUAGUAAGUACUUAACAAUAAUUUAAUGGUCUGUAAAUGCCCCCUAAAAAGGAGAAAGGGUUAUAGUAGAUCGCUGUUACCUCAGUUUGUGUGCCUCUGAAGCCACAGGAAAGCUGAGAUUAGGGUGCAUUCUUUCCUUGAGUAUAAAUAAUAUAUCCGGGCUGUAGUCAAGGGCUUAGGACAGGGGAUCUUGUCUGGACAUUACAAAACUAAUGUGAGUCCCAGAUACUAUAGUAGAAAUGCAGUACACUGGCAGCACAAGAAUUAUCAAACCCCCUUGAGGCUGCUUUCUCUUUUUACUGCCUAGGGUAUUAAUUUUGUAGCUUGUGUUGCAGAUUUAAUCUAACUCUGUUUAGUAAUGCCUGUAAAGCAGCAGUCCCCAGCGAACUCAGUGAAUUGCCAGAAAUGCCUUUCGAAUCUUCCUUCAACCUGUUUGGCAAAUUGACAAUGGCAUUUUAAACGUGCAAAUCAUGGCAUUUACUCAAAUCCUGGUAUGCAGGUGGGGGUCCAGAACAAUGAUUUUGGCACCGUUUCGCCAACGUACUUAAACAGAAGUUUAGUUCCAUCCGUGGGGCAGACUAGCAGCACUGUCAUUAACCCUUUAGGUUCCAAGAAUGACCAACAUCAAUUUUCUCCUAACAACGUCUGCAGACUAUCAAGAGUAAAGGUUAUGAGAAUUACUAAAUUGAUUACCAAAGGGAGAAUGCUUUGAUCUUAAACCAAAUUCUCUCAACUGUUCUUAAAAGAAAUGUAUAGAGAUCAGUCUGGAGAAUUUUUAUGUGCAUAACGGGACUUAAAGGGUUAAGAGGCGACAGCCGAGGAUUUCCCCCAGCUACUAUGAACGUGGCCCUCAGCUACUUUCCCUGCCUACUUGUUGUAUUUACCCAGCAACUUGAAAUCUUAGUGGCAUCCCCGCAUUCCUGUACAUCAUAAAAUUAUUGAAAGUAUUACUAAACAGAUAUUUUUUGCUACCCUUACCUAUUUUGACUUAGUUUAGACAUGUAUGAAUUGUUGUUGCUAACCUGACUGUGUUCAUGACUUUUAUCAACAGUUGUCUGUAAAGAAUUGCUUUAUCAGAGGAUCAGUUGUAAGAUAUGUUCAGCUGCCAGCAGAAGAAGUUGAUACUUCACUACUACAGGAUGCAACAAGAAAAGAGGCAGCUCAAAACAAAGCCUAA